GGAGGAUCAAACGGGAAGGUUCCAUUUAAAGUGACGUUUAGCAUUCUGUAGUGCCCCGUAGGUUGUGUGUCUGCGCUUGUUUCAUGAGACAUUUGACUUAUCGCAGUAGGACGGUAAUUUACCUGUUUUCAUAAUUUAACUGGUGUCUAUAUAACUUUAUAAUAGGAGAUAAGAAAUUGAGGCAACAAAUGAGAAAUGAAUGAGGAGCCAAUUGAUAGUUAAUGAUUUAAUCCUAAUCCCCUUUUAUGGAGUGAUUACUUUUAUUAAUAAGGACGACUUGAUAAUGGAUGACUCGUUGAAUGGAUAUUAGCUCCUGCUGGGGGGGCAAAUGAAGGGUAAUUAUGAUUUAUUGGAGAACAGACUGGGAGAUCCUAAUAUAAAUGAAUCAUUAAUCAAGCUAAUUAAUAGUUUUGGGAGACUGCAGAGAUGAGAUAUUGUGUUAUUGUGAUUUAUCAUAAAAGCGACACGUGUUUUUCCCCCUAAAGGAACUUUGUUUACACCGGAGCCGCGCGUUGUCACCGUUACGCGUUUGUUCUUUCCGGUGCAGACUGAAUAGACACGUGACUCGGACUCGCUCGCACGCAUGCGCUAGAAAAGGGGCGUGACGUCAUACCAGACUCCCGCGCGCUCUGCUUCGUAUAAACACGACCGGAAAUCACACGUCAAACAUCUUCGUUUCGUUGCUGUUUUAGAUGUGAUAUUUACACGCUUGGGGAAAGAAAAAAAAAAAAAAGAUUAAGGAAAUAAAUAAAUACAAACAGCCCGCGCGUUGCCAUGGCAACCGGCGUUUGUUGUCAUUAGAAACCACCGCCCGCGUGCGGACCUGAAGGCUUCGGUUAGCUCAAACACACCGGACAUCGUUAAGAUCUACUAAUAUUAAUACAACAGAAGGCCCACGAUGGACUGCAGCUCGUCGUGCUGCUCUCUGGACCUGGUGGCCGGUAACGGGUGCACGCUGAGCGUGGAGCACAGAGCCGCCCUGCAGACCUCCAUGGUGCUGCUGAAGAAGAACUACAAGUUCCAGCGAGUUCUGCUCUGGGGCAAAAUAUUCGGAUUGAAUAGGGACUAUUUCAUCGCCCAGGGCAGAGGAGAAGAUGAGAUGCUGGAUAAAAAGAAUCUCUACAGCUUCAACUGCAUGGACUGGUUCCUGCUCCCCAGCGCCACCGACUCCAUGGUCGAAGACGCGGCCAUAGCUGCGAAGAGACGCUUCAUCGGAGACCCGUCCUUCGUGUACGAGCGCCUGGAGAUGAGCGAAGGACAGGGUGGUGCCGCGGAGGGUGAAGCCACAGUCAGCGAGGAGCGCCGGCUCGCGGCCACGGUGCAUCAGAUCGACGAGGACGCGUCCGUGGUGCCGCGCGGCGCCUUCGUCAAGAGUCCACGCGGCCUCGUCCACGUCAACCGCAGCUUCGCUGGUUUGUCUCACUCAGAAGCAAAGAAGCUCGACAGCUUCCGUCACUUUAGAAAAGCGAAGAAUCCGAAUAAGAAAAGCAUCGAGGAAAUGGGGGAUUUGAGUCCAGCUAUCGACUUCCUGGAUACGCUGAGUGACGACAUCCCUGAAGGAUCAUGGAGUCUUCAGCGGGAAUGCGCCGGUAACGUGUGCGUGCUGCGCAGCCUGCUGUGGCUCGGACUGACCUUCUACCAUCUGCCGAUGACGCCGCAGCACGGAUACAUCUACAUCGGCGAUGGGACCAAGAACCUGAACCUUCCCUUCAUGCUGUGAAAAGGAAACAUUUACGCAUACGCAUUUCUGUUCAGAUGAAGCCUCGUAAUUAAAUCUACGUUCACAUUU